GUGUCUUCAAUAAAAGUAUAAAGAAAUGCAAUACUUAUUCAACCAGCAAAUUCUUAAAAAAAAAGCGGAAUAUUUUCUCAAACUUCUCAAUUCAAACAAACGUCACACCGACAAGACAGAUGUCAACAACAACUUUUUUUUAAUUUCAUUUUUGAGACCUUGCCACCUCAGUGAUCCGCCUAGUCUAAUCCUUCGGUACAGGUACUUGCUACACUUUCAAUAUCACUACACCACUUGUACUUGGUAUAAAAGACCGCUGUAACACCAGAACAGUAUUCAGUAGCUCUCGAGCAGUCAACAAGAAGUGCACGAUGAGAUUCCUGAUCGCUUUUGUCGCCCUCCUCGGCUAUGCCUCAGCCUCAGCCCUGCUGAGCCCCCUAGUCUACGGGGUCAACCAUGGUGACGCUCAGGCGGCCGCCAUCGACGCCACCGUAGCCGCCCAGGACCACGCCCGUGCCUUCGGCGAAAGCCAGGCCCGUGCCGCCGAAGCCGCCGUCCAGUUCAACGCCGAAGCCGCCCGCCAGGUCGCCGAGACCCAGCGUGACCUCCACGAGAACGCCUACUGGGGUACCCUCGCUGCCAACCAGAACGCCGUAGCUGCUGCCCAGUCCCACGCUGCCGCCGCCAGUGGUGUCGCCGCCGCCCGCGCUGGCUACGCCGCCGCUGCUGCCCCUUACGUAGCUGCCCCCUACGGCAUCGCUGCCCCCUACGGCAUCGCCGCCGCCUACGGAGUCCACGGCAUCGCCGCCCCCUACAACCUCGGCUACCACGGCUGGUAAAUCGACUACCGACACCAUUAACCGUUACUUAAAAAAUAACCGUCCCAACGAACUGUUAUUCUUCAAGUAACCGUUAUUGGCAAUCCCUUCGUCGGUUGUAUCUGGUAACACUGGUGGUUUUCCGAUCGCCAGUGUUGCCAGGUAGCGGUUGGCUUAGGGUUGUGCUACACCACCGCAACAAAGAUAGAAUUCUGCUCAAACGAACUAAGGUCUCAUAUAGUAACUCUCUUUGUAAAUAAAAAAAGUUUUAUACAUGCCAUCACUGCCAAAGUGUAAAUAAACACGUUUUUACAAAACAGA